UCAAUUUCUUUUGAUUAUUUCUUAGAUUGGAGAAUCUUUUUAUAAAUAUGGUGUUUAUACUUUUGUUUCAGGGCUUUCUAUUGUAUAUAGGAUACAACUGUUUUUUUGUUUGUUUGCUUUGUCAAAUCUGAGAGAUUUUGUAUUUAAUAGUCCCUUCCUGACUUCACUUUUUUCCUCCCUACCCAACUUAUAGAGUAUGAUUCUCUAGGUCAAUCACUUUUUCCCAAAUCCCUUACCUAUUCACCCUACUAGUAUGCACUUCUGGCAAACCCAGAGGUGCAUUCAUUUACAUUUAUCUGAUCGCUAUAAUGCUUGGUCGUAUCCCAACAAUUUUCUUAUUUUUUUUCAUUUUUAUGCUUUUUGAAGUUACAUUAAAAUUUUUUCAAAAUUUUAUUAGAUUGAUUAGCUUUUCUUUUUCCUUUUGUUCUCUUUGUGUUUGGCUCUGAGAUGUGAGAGUACUUCUGCCUGUCCUAAAGACCCAGAGUUGGGGUUGACAAUAUCUAUAAAUAUUUGGGAGGGGGGAUAGCCUGGCAGAGAAGGAUAAGUUUACAGAAUAAGCCUUAGAAAUUAGUUAAGGGAGGAUAGUGUUUCUGAAAGGAAGUAUUAUCACAGAGAGAGGAAUUUAGAGGACUAAAAUUUUUAAAAUGAAUUUUCUUACUAAAAAAUUAUUGGUCACCUUUUCUUCAGUCUUUCAGUAUGGUGGUACACAAAUCGAAUGGGUUGAAUAGUGAUUUGGAUAUGAGGAAAGAGAUGUUUUAAGGGUAGACUUGUCCUUAAAAUAAUGCAGUGAGGAAAAAUAUUUUUUUUUAAACUUUUUUCACCUUCCGUCUUUUUUUUUAAUUAGAGCAGUUUGCAGGCUUACAGAAAAAUCAUGAAGAAAGUAUAGAAUUCCCAUAUACCCCCCUACACACACACACACACACACACACACACACAAAUGCAGUUUUCCCUAUUAAUAUUUUACAUUGGUGUGAUAUCUUUGUUUUAAUAGAUGAAACAUUACUAUUAUUAUAUUAUUAACUAUAGUCCAUAGUUUAUAUUAGAGUUCACUAUUUCUGUUGUACAGUCCUAUUUUGGUAACAUAUGUACAACCUUAAAUUAAUCAUUUUAGCCACUUUCAAGUACAAAAUUCAGUGAUGUUACAUACAUUCACAAUGUUGUAUGGAAAAAGAGUUUAAGGGUAGAUUUAUUCUUUAAAAUAGUGCAUUGAGGAAAGAGAUUUAAAUUGUAUUCUUGUCCUUAAAGAUAGUAUACUAGCUAGACUCACACUGGGUCAAGGUGUUCUUUUUUUCUUAAGAAGACAGGGAUUUGAGCAUUUGCUAGGUAGAACUACUACAAAAGAGAAGGUUGAAUAUACUGGAAAAAGAAUAGCUCUUAGAACAAGGAUUAUUCAUGAACAUAAACAGAAUGUCUACUGAGUUUGAAGGGAGGAUUAUUAUGGAUGAAGAUAAUGAAAGUUUUUUAGGUAAGUGUGGAGUUGGGCCAAAAAUUUGAAGAAAUUCAGCCAAAUAGACACUUAUUUUCUUUGUAAAAUAUAAGUUCAUCUGAUCUUAAUAACCAGUUUCCAGCAACUUAGCCAUGGAUCUGGUUAAAUUGACCAUAGGUUGAGGGUUUGCCAGAUGUUUAUACUAUUAGGAUGAAUAGAUAAAGGAUGAAAGAGAAAAUCAUUUACCCAAAGAACCAUAUUCAUAGGCUGGUUGGAUAGAGAAAACAGUGAAGCCAGGAAGGGACUUAUCUAUUGGGAGAAGGAAAGGAUAAAGGUUAAGAAUGCUCUUUGAUUUUGAAGAACUGGUAUAGUGGGAAUUCAUUAGAGAGAAUAGGAAAGAUACACUGUUGUGGUCCAGAGCAAGAUGAUGGUGACAUUGUCCUUUUCAUUUAGAAAUGGUGUCAGCACAUGGUCUAUCUGCACACUCCACACUCAUGGGCUGCUCAGGUCCAUUUCCAACAAUAAUAUAUUAAAUAUUUGGCAUAAUCAGGAAAGCCAGGAUGAGAAGGAGUUAACUUAGUUGUCUGGGAGUAAAUUAAUAAAUAUUACUUCUUUAACUAGUGUUCCCUCCGUACCCUGUCCCCAACCCUAGUGGGGGACAAAGAACCUGGGGGGGCAGGAGGAGGGCUUGCCAGGAGAUUAGUUUAACUCAUUUAACUACCAAGUUUUAUUCACAAAUUAAAUUACGUACUUUAACCUUAUAAAUUAAAAACAAAAUCUGUUUCUUGUGUGUUUUUUCUCCCUUCUGAGGAUGCCACCUUUAUUUCAUAAUGAAAAGGAUUUUAUAUUAGAUUCAUGAGAAGUGGUUGCACACUUGCUUGAGAAAAGCCUUUCAUGCAAGUUAUUUCAUUUUAAUUUAUAGGGAUGUGUAAAAACUCAUGGACAUAUUUUCUUAUUAUAUAAAUAUAUAAUGAGUUAUUUAUAAUGUGUUUCAUUAUCAGUGACUGACAUCUGUUAAAAAUGAGAAUUCGGAGUGCUACUGAGGCUUACAUAAUUCUGAUAAAGGAGUUACGUAAUGGUAUCCCAGCAAUUUGUGUGUACAUGCACACACACACACAAAAUAUGCCUUUGAUUUUAUGAUUUUAGGGAUGGAGCAAUUACAAUGGCAAUAAGGUUUUACACUAACAGCCCAAACUACCGCAUUUUUAGUACCAGAAGUAUAAUUAAAGUAGAGUAUGAGGGAACAUUAUUUUCUGAGUGGGAUGUGCCAGCAAGCUGUCAUAUAAAAAACAAGAGCUCACCCACGACAGAAUUGAGGUGUUCUUCUGCUGGUGUCCAUGUUAUAAAACCAGUUGUUACAGGCCCCGAAGAAGAAGAAGAACGCUAUUUGUCUGUGGAAAAUUCUCGUAUUUGCUUUCUGUGGUAUUAUACAAUUCAAAAUUUUUUCCACAAUUUAACCCAGGUUAUAGUUACAUGGAUAUAUGAUCCAGAAAAUGCAGAUCAGAGUGAGGUGAUGUGGAAUGCAGAUGCACCUUCACUAAAUUCCCAAAUACUAAGCAAGCAGUUGGCUACUUUGGGACAGAAGCCUAUCAUAUUUACAGUUCUGAAGAGCAAAACUUAUUUUCCAGAAGGACCAAUAAUGAAUGGGACAUGGAAAAUCAUAGUACCAAUGACAGCAGAUGACGUAAUAAAGGAGAUUAAAGGAAACCAAGUGGCUUUUCAAGAUUGCUUUAUUGCAGAUAUUCUUUUCCUGCUGACUUUUCCUUUGUUGACCAUACCUGAGAUUCCUGGUUAUUUACCAAUCUCUUCACCAAGGGGAAGUCAAUUAAUAUGUGAUUGGAAUAGUUGUGUUCCUUCAUCUGCUGUUCUGGUAGCCGAAAUGGAGACCUUUCAAACAAACGAUUCAUUCCGUACUUGGACAAAAAUCAGAGUGCCUCCAAAUAUUCUGACUGAUGAUGAAAGACACAGUGUCACUGCUGUGAGCCUAACAUGGGAUGGAAUAUUUUUUCUAAUAAAAGGAACUGUUUACCUAAAAGAUUUUCUUAGAUUUAGAAGACUGGGAACAAAUGAAAAUCUUCCUGAUGAUGGAAUUAUUGGUAUUAUAUCCAGAAAAUGGUGCUGGGUCAAAUUUAUAUUCAAGUCUAAAGGAAGAAGAAGCACCUUGGCAAUCUGGACAGAAAAUGAAGUUUACCUUGGGUAUCCUUCUGUUGCAUUUGUGAAAAUAGUAACUACUAAAGAAUUGAGAAAUCUUCUUGAUCUAUCACCAACUGCUACUCUGACUAUACACAAUGUGGAAUAUACAGCACACCCUUUGGAAAUUGCAUUGUUAUUAAGUUACUGUGUCACAUGUACUUCCAACAAAAAAAUUUACCUAGUGACAUAUAAUGAAGAUUCAGAAGAGUGGGUGUGCCAAGACUUUACAUUAGAUGUCCCUAUUGACAGUUUUUUAGCUUUACGUUUUCUAUAUUCAGCAAUUCCAGAAUUAGUACUGUGGGACAAACAUAGGAUGUACUACAGUUAUUAUAAUUUCACAGUUUCUGGAGUUUUUCAAACACCUACAGAAAAUGGAAAUCUAUCAAGAUUAUCAGAGAAUAGCACUAUUCAUGAAGUUUUUAUAGAUUAUUUUGGGAAUAUUGUGGCAAAAAUGGAAAAUAAUAUAAUGUUUUAUUCCAAGAUUAAUAUUGACCAGGCAAUAAAGCUACAUAGAUGGAUGAAUAAGAAUAUAAAAUCAUCAAUUGCCUUGAAUACAGCUGGUCAUAUAUAUCUCAUAUAUGCUUAUGAAAAUGGCAUAAUACAAACCCAGGAAUAUCCCUUAGGAUUGGAAGCACAAAGUUUAUUUUUCAAAACAAAGGAUACAUGCCCCUACAUGGCAUUUCAUAAUAAUAUUUUUAGGAUUUUUUACUUUUUGGACAAGGGAGAAAACCUGUCAGUUUGGGCUCAAAUAGUCUAUCCAGAAAACCUUGGACUGUAUAUGAUUGUGGAAUCCAAUGGCCCAAAAAUAUUAAAAGAAAAAAAAGAAUUUCACUAUGAAAUCGCCUUAGGAUACUGUACUAAAACCAUGACAGUAACAUUUUUUCAGACUGCAAAUUAUGAGGCAGUAGAUGAUUACUUCAAAUUGCAAGAACAGAACACGGGUCUUUUGCUUAUUCAUAUUCGGCCUAGCAAAUAUUCAAGAUCAUGUCCAAUCUCCAAAAAGAUGUUCCAAAUAGCUGUUGGCUGUGAUUCUGUUAAAUACAUUGCUGUUAAAGGAUUUAAUGAGACAGCAUGUUUUCCACACAAUCUUUCCUAUGUGAUUGAAAAGUCAAAUCUGAGGCAUAAACCAUCUGAAGACUUGAAAGUAAAAUAUGAUUGGAAAACAUAUGGCUGCCCAUUGAGACUUGCUAUAGGAGAAAAGUUUCAUCCUGUGAUUCAACUAUAUAAUGAUAACGGAUAUGUUAAAGAUAUUGAAGUAAAUUUCUUAGUGUGGGAAAUACACGGCAGGAAUGACUACAGCUUUAAUAAUACUAUGAGGAAGAGUGGUUGUUUAAAUGAAGCACAGACUUGGAAGUCAAUGACUGAGCUUAACAAGGACCUCCCAUUAGAAGACGCCUGGGGACCAGAGAACUACAGGCACUGCUUUUCUUAUGCUGUUGGAAAACCAGGAAACUUAGAUCAACCUUAUGAGAUUAUCAACAAGUCUAAUUAUAAACAUAUAAUUUGGCCUAUGGACCAUCCUGGAAUGUAUGUGUUUCGCGUAAAGAUCCUGGACCCAAAUUAUAGUUUCUGUAACCUAACGACUAUAUUUGCAGUAGAGAUCUUUGGACUGAUUCCCAGACCAAAUGACUAUCUUGUAGCUGCUCUCCUCUUUCUCCUGAUGCUACUGUUCUUCAGUGUUUUAGUUUUGAGUUACUUUCGAUAUAUGAAGAUUUAUAAACAAUAUAUUUAUGAACCACUUAACAGACCUGUAAGAAAACAAAAGAAAAAUUAGGAAGACCUAAAGUUCUUUUACUAUGAACAUAUAUAUAUGUAGAAGGAAUGUAUAAAUAUUUAUAUUGACAGUAUGUUUGACCAAGAAAUGCUAAGCAUAAACUCAUAGUAAGUAUCAUCAAAUUCUGGUUCUGAAAAACAGUCUUAAAUUAUCCUAAAUCAGAAAUAUUUUCAUAAAUGUUUUAUAUAUGU